GCUCUGACUUCUCUAAGUUCUAGGUUAGCUAGGGCGCCAUUAGGGUUCGAUGGCGAAAGCGAUGCCCACAGCAAUAUGGUCCUGGAAGGGCUGCUUGUACAUUUUUGGUGGGCUCUUUCUGGCUGUGACCCUCGUUCUUGAGGUAUCUAAGUGGGAAGUGCAUGUGACUGGUGAGGGCAUCGAGCUCGUAAGACGUGCCAGCUCUCGAGCGGCACAGACCCCCUCGAUCGGGGCAACGUUGGCGCAGUCGUUGGCUGCUGUCACUGGCAGGCAAAGCGAACCAGUCAAGAAGAGGGCGCCAAGGGUUCGAAGAAAAUACUCCCUUCCAUGGAGUGCAGAGCCAGAGGCACCUGUGGAAGACUCCGGAUUCCAUGCUGGAAUCAGGUCAUCCAGGAUUAUUGAGGAAGAGCUUGGAUCAGGGUUUCAGCCAAAGCUGGGGCUGGAAAAUGGCACGCUGACUUGGUCUGCAGAAGCAGAAGACUUUUUGCUCAAUGUCGUCCUUGAGCGCCAAUUCCCGGCGGACUGUGGUGCGGAGAAGUGGCUCGUGAUUGACCCCCACCGGCAUGGUCUGGGCUCGUCGACGCACACGUACGUUCUCACACUGCUCAUGUCGCUCUCCCUCAACCGCACCCUCGUCAUCAACGAAGAGCCCCCCGACCCUCGCCAAGAUGGCUGCGUCCCCGCCUCCAUCACUACCCUCUUUGAGCCCCACACGCACUGCUCCUUUGCAACGAAUCCUGAGAAGCGAGCGGCAUACCAGAUGCCCCAGGCGGCAAUGGACUGGCGCCAGAUACUGAAUCCGGAGGAGGACCUGGAGGAGUUGGAUGUGAUCCGGCUGACGGAUACGGUGCCGCGGCCGAGGGGGUGGUCCUGGGAGCGGUGGGAACGGUGGCAGGCGGAGGGCUGGUGGGAGCGCCUCUGGGAACAGCUCGUCGAUUCGGGAAGCGUGAGCGUCGUUGGGGACGGUCCUUUCAGCGAAGUGAGCAUGCAGACGCAGCAGAUGAUGCUGUGGGCGAACGUGCUCAAUUGGAUGUGGCGCCCCACGAAGCGCGUGCAGCGCAUCUCGCGGACCAUCCUGUGCAACCACGAGGCGCAGAAGCCGCUCGUGUCGGUGCACAUCCGGCGAACCGAUAAGGAGGUCGAGGACCCGUACUGGCGAGAGCACCACGAGUAUCGGCCGUUGACAGACUACGGAGCGGCUGUCGCCGAGUAUGCCGAGGCGACAGGCUCCGACGUCCGGACUGUCUUCGUUUUCUCGGACUCGGCCAAACUGAUGAAGGAACUUCCUAACACGGGCCUCGGUAUGCUGGGGUUGAACGACAAAAGUGCGGAAUUGAUUGUCGACGACUUUUUGGAUCUUAGUCCGAUAGAGGCGAAUUGGAGCCACGAACGGCUGGGGUGCGAGCAGAAGAACCAGAUUGUGGAGCAUUUAGUUGCGGCCAUGGAGGUCGCCCUUGAGAACAGCGAGUACAUUGUCAUGACGAUGGGGUCGUCGGUUGGGAGAAUAAUGGCGGAAGUGAUGGCCGGGAGGAGACGAAUAGCUUAUCCCCAGCCCGCGUCCCCGUUCACGAAAUCCUUAGAUGUAGACUGGUUCUACGACUGGUGACUGUGUAUCUGAUUAAUGACGGUUACAGUGUUACAUUUGUCUUGGAUUGAACACGGUAGUCACAAUCCAGCUCGUUGCAGGCU